CAAAAGUUGAGCUUCGGUGAGAAACCCUGCAGGUGGGAUAUCAGAUCUAACCAGGAUCCUCGAUCUCGUCCCGGGAAUAUCUGUACCAUUCAAGGGCAGAGAAGCCUGUUAUCAGUAGGCUUGCAUGCGGUCAAGCCUACCGGGAGCGCAUAGGAAUUGUGGGCAUUGACCGGUAUGCACUGCAACAACUGUAUGUCAGGCACUAGCUUACAGAAGCAGCGGGAUGUGCACUCAUUGCUACCGUGCAAAAAGGUCACAGGGCGAGAAACCGAAUUCGUCUGUAGCUCGCUGUAUAAGACACCACAGCCGUGAGAGGGAGUAGAGACAAGGUCGGUCUCCACUUUCUUCGCCAAGAUGUACGCCCUACCACUCCCCCGGCUCCUUCUCUUAACGUUCGCCUGGACGUCUAUAACUCUUGGCCCCGUCCUCAGUCACGCUGUGAAGUCCCCCUUGGUCUCGCGGGAUAACGACGCUCAAUGCUCUCUCACCGCUGCCUGGCCGCCAGGACAGGGCAGCGCGCUCGUCCCGCAACAGCCGCAAACCGACCUUCUGAACAUCAUCUCGCAAAUCGACCCGUCGCGCAUCGAGACGAUCAUCACCAAGCUCGUUUCCUUUGGCACACGGCACACGCUCUCGAACCAGACAGACCCGGUGCGCGGGAUCGGCGCGGCGCGCGACUGGAUCGCGAGCGAGAUGCGCACGCUCGCCGCCGCAGCGCGCAACGGCACGAACGUCGCCGUGAGCACGCCGAGCUUCAUCGAGCCCGUCGCAAGCGGAAUUCUCUUCCCCGUGAACAUUACCAACAUCAUCGCUACCAUCGAGGGCACGGACGAGCCCGACCGGGUGUACAUUAUCACGGGUCACUAUGACUCGCGCGUCACGGACCUGGACAACUUCACGGAUGAUGCACCGGGCGCGGACGACGAUGGCAGCGGCGUUGCGGUCAUUAUGGAGCUGACGCGCCUCAUGGCGCAGAUGCCUCCGCCGCGCGCUACCAUUAUGCUUGGUGCCGUGGCCGGCGAGGAGCAAGGACUGUAUGGGUCCGCGUUCUUUGCGCAGCAGAUGGUGGAGGCCGGGAAGGACGUGCAGGGAAUGUUCACCAACGACAUCGUGGGGAGCCCGAAGGGCGACGACGGCUUCGUCGACCCAAAUAGCAUUCGGCUGUUCGGCCAGGGCAUUCCUUCGACAGAGAACGCGUCAGUGGUGGCAGAGCGGGAGUCGAUUGGAGGAGAGAAUGAUUCGCCAGCCCGUGAGCUCGUCAGGUUCACGCAAGAGGUCGCGUCAAACUCAGGGACUGGAAUGAGUGUCCGCGUCAUCUACCGCGCUGACCGCUUCCUGCGUGGAGGCGACCACGAGCCGUUCCUCUCUGCGGGCUUCCCUGCGGCGCGCUUCACAGAGCCGCACGAGAACUUCGCGCACCAGCAUCAAGACGUCCGUGUACAGGACGGCGAGCAAUUCGGCGACCUCACCGAGUUCUGCGACUUCGAAUAUAUCCAGCGGGUCGCUAAGGUCAACGGUGCUGCUAUUUGGUCCCUCGCGCAAGCACCCGGCACGCCGCGCGGUGUGACGAUCGACACGAGCGUCCUCACAAACAACAGCACGUUGGAGUGGGACCUAGACCCGAGCCCCGCUGUUGCGGGAUAUGAGAUCGUCUGGAGGGCGACGGAUGAGCCACUCUGGACAAGCGUUAUCCCCGUUGGGCUGGUGAGCCAGGCGACGGUCCAAGUCGUGAAGGAUAACGCAAUCUUGGGUGUCAGGGCUGUGGGCAAGAACGGGUACCGUAGCCCGGCAACUUUCCCUUUCCCGGCGUAAGUUGCUUCAGCGAACGUGUACAUUAUGCAGUCACGAAGACAUACCAACAACCUCGAUGCUAUUGAAAUCCCCACAUAGAAGUCCCGAUGAAUAAGACCAGGAAGAGACGAUCUAAUCAUUCAUCCUGAGCUUCACGUUCUC